GCGGGACCUCUUCUCCAAAGGAGAGCUUUUUAGCAAGGUUGACAGUUGCUUUAGAUUAGAGUGUUUGGCGGCCGUUCAAGGCAAGGAGUGGGUGUUUAUUUAGCUGAGAAAGACAGUUGCAAAACUUGGGAACUGGGCUGCAGAGCAGCCUGUUAUUUGAAAAGAAGACACUUUGCCGUCGUCUGGGAAAGACUGUGGCCCAUUGGAAUAUCUACGUUUACUUGAAAUUGAAGAAAUGUGCCACUGCCCCUAGGCAAACAUACGGUGUGAUUGAAAACAUUGAGUGAUGUGACUUCAUAACAAGUGCCCAGGAUGUUUCUGCUGCUGUAUGUUACCAGCUUUGCUUUCUAUACAAGUGGACAGUCUCUUCAGGGCCAGGUGAAAGGAGAAAAUUAUUCUUCACGAUACAUUUGCAGCAUACCCGGAUUGCCAGGCGCUGCAGGUCCAAUCGGAGUGAGCGGAGUACCUGGGCCUCAUGGCCGUGUUGGGAUCCCAGGACGGGAUGGCAGAGACGGCCGGAAAGGAGAACGGGGUGAGAAGGGAAGCACAGGUUUAAGAGGAAAGACAGGUCCUUUAGGAACACUCGGAGAGAAAGGAGACCAAGGGGAGACUGGUAAAAAGGGACCUCCAGGAUUGGUGGGUACUAAAGGUGAUGUUGGUUCUUUGGGUCCAGCGGGCCCAAAAGGCGAUAAAGGGGAACGAGGAGAGCCAGGCAUGCCCGGAGAGUGUAAGUGUGGGAAAAUAGUCCUGAAAUCUGCCUUUUCUGUUGGGAUCACCACAAGUUACCCAGAGGAACGAUUACCGAUCAUCUUCAAUAAAGUCCUCUUCAAUGAAGGGGGCCAUUACAACCCAUCCACUGGCAAGUUCGUCUGUGCCAUUCCCGGGAUCUAUUAUUUCUCUUAUGACAUCACCUUGGCCAAUAAACAUCUUGCAAUUGGCUUGGUUCAUAAUGGGAAGUACCGGAUAAAGACCUUCGAUGCUAACACCGGAAACCAUGACGUAGCUUCUGGGUCAACGGUGAUGUACCUUGAACCAGAGGAUGAGGUGUGGCUGGAGAUUUUCUACACCGAUCAAAAUGGCCUCUUUGCCGAUCCCACGUGGGCAGAUAGUUUGUUUUCAGGAUUCCUCUUGUAUGUCGAUACGGACUAUCACGAUGCCCUUUCGGAUGACGACGAACUGUGAUGGCUGAAAUGCCUAGGGAGCAUCUCUAAGUGAACACAAGACUGUGACUGGGAACUACACUGCAAUGUCAACAAGAAAAAAAAUCAAUACAUGACUUGCUGUGGGGUUUUGCUGAUCCCACCACGGUGCCUAAAACUGAAGACUAAUUUUCAAGCACGUGUGCAUCCGUGGGUCUUUUUACCAAACAGGAGGCUCAGCCGACCAACAUGUAUAUAAUUGCCCUGUAGAAAGCGAUCUUUAUAAUAAUAUUUAAACAAAGUUAUAAUAAUGUACAUGUAGUUUUAUAUAAAUAUAUUGAAUUAUAAUA